UUCCAGAGCUUAACCAAUCUUCAUCCCAUUCUUGGUGGUUGGCUAGCAAUGUCUCAUUCGCAAUCUUCUUCUUCUUGUUGCCAUGGCAUGAGCCGCCGAAAUUGUUAUUCCUCACAUGGUGGGGGUUCAAUGGGAUUAGGGAUAAUUCCCAUUUGCAAUUGUGGUGAGAGCACAGUAGUAAAAAUGGCUAGAACUUCAAAGAAUGCUGGAAGAUAUUUUUGGGGUUGUCGUAACUACAAGAGUGGAGCUGGAAAUGUGACUUGGUGUAACUAUUUCAAGUGGUGCAAUGAAGAAGAAAUUGAUGAAAAGGAUGUUAUCAUUCANAGGCAAAGGAGUAAGAUCUGUGAUAUGGAGAAGACAAUGAAAGCUUUGAAGAGAAGCAUGAAGUUAUUAGUAUCAGUGAUCUGUGUUCUUAUUGUAGUCAUCAUAGUUAUGUUGUGUGUGUUAUUAGGUUGA